AUAAAUCUAUCCGUGCAUAUAACAGUGCUCUAAACAUAUACAUAUAUUAACGCACAAUUAUUGUAAAUAACUUUUAAUGUGAGAGCUCCGUUCACUUUGUUGCGGUAAAUUUUCCCUGUAAAUCUAUAAUAAAAAAUAAGAUAUCUCGUCUCUUACUCAGAUAAAAACCGAUCGAAAUAUAUCAUAUCUUCGUAAGAAUAUUAAGGUGAUAUGAAAGAGAUAGCUUGUUGUCUACCCUCCCUUCAAUUCUAAUCUUUCUCCCACCAGAACAACCAAAAAGAAACAUUAGAAGAUAUAAAAGAGUGACCCAUAAACAGUAGAAAAAUACAAUUGUAUGCACUAUGCAUGUUUAUAUAGAGAGAGAGAGAGAAGAAGAUGAAGAUUUCGUCAAAGCCAAUAUCAAGUCCAAGCAGAGCAGAGAAAUUUUCACCGCCAUUGAUGAUGUUCUCGAGGAGCAAUGGCAGCAGCAGAAGCAGAAGCAGAAGCAGAAGUAGGUCACGUGCAAGCCCAAUCUUUUACUUUCGCAAUAAAAAGAAUGCAGAAGUGAUAGAAACAGCUCAAGAACCAUCCUCACCCAAAGUCACUUGCAUUGGUCAAGUCAGAGUUCGAAGGUCCUCUAAAACCUCGCGGCCCAAGAAAGCUGGCGGCGCCACCAACCAAACCCGCCCCUGCCGGUUGUUCAAGAAAAUUUUGUGUCGGAAUUGUACUUCAAGAUUUCACAAACCAAAGGCCUUCCGCCGGUCUUUUCUCAAAUGGGAUUUGUUUGUCCGGUCUGGAUGUUGCAGGAAAGCUGAUACCAAAGAGGAAUCUUUCGAGGUUGAACCAAUUCAGACAAGUCGUAAGGUUCAAAAUCAUGUUGGUAAUAAUUGCGAAAUUCUUGGACCUCAAUCGCAAGAAAAUGAAGUGGAUUUUCUUGGUUCCUCUAAUGAAAUUCUUGGAGCCCAAAUUCAAGAAAAUAAAAGGGAUUUUCUUGAUCCCUCUUCUUCACAUGUUGAUAAUAAUCAUGAAAUUCAUCCCCAAAUUCAAGAAAAUAAAGGAAAUUUUCUUGGUUCCUCUUCCGCACAUGUGGUUAAUAAACAUGAAAUUCUUGAAGCCCAAAUUCAAGAAAGUAAAAGAGAUUUUCUUGGUUCCCCUUCUCCACAUGUGGAUAAUAAUCAGGAACUUCUCGGAGGCCAAAUUCAAGAAAAUAAAGGAAUUUUUCUUGAUUAUUCUUCUCCACCCAAGAUCGCUUUGCUUUUGACUAGGAGCAGAUCUGCUCCCUACAGGUCUUCAUCAUUGGCCAGCAGGGUUUGGGAGUCUCCCCCAUUAGCUACACCAGAAACAGAGAGGGAAGCAAAAAUAAAGAAUGAAUUUCAAGAAUAUCAAAACCCCUGUUGUGAACAUGUGGCCUUUGAGUCAAGAAAUAGCCAUGAAAGUGAAGAAUCUGAAGGUUCAGUAAAUAAUGUUCAAAAAUUGAGUUCAACUGUGGAAGUUGUUACAGUGCAUCCUUUACUACUUACAAGGUGUAAAUCAGAACCAGCAAGAACAGGGGAAAGGCUAAUGCCAGAAGCCAAUUUGUGGAGGCAAAGAAGGUCAGGUGGUGUUAAGUUUUCUUCAUAACAUUAAUUAAUUCAUAAGGGAUUUUGUCAUUUGUAUUUUUUUUUAAUUUUUUUCUUUUCGAAAAAUUGUAGUAAGUAUAAUAAAGGAAAAUUGGAAGUUGGUGUUUCGAGAUAUUGUCAUUUUUGAGUACUUAGUUCCUAAUAAAUUUUUCUUGAUUUUUAUA